AUGGCUGCAGAAGUGUCGACACGACGCCGAAACUCGGCCCAUUUCUCGAGGAGGAGAAAAGAAAAAAUCACACCGGCUGGGAGAAACGGAAUCUCUGACAUGAAAAUUGCUAAUCGAGUUGAAAAACUCGGAGCCAAAACCGUUGACCCGUUCGACGUCAUUGCCGCCCGAGAAGCGACGAAUGGCAAUGCCGAGGACUUCGGAAGUAAGCAAACCGGCGUGUUGCCGAUAAAAAUCGACUACGGACCGCCGGGAUCCCCGCCGAAAAACCUCAAAUGGAUUCAUUCCGAACGGGAGCUCAGCGAAGAAACGAUUCGCUUGAUGUUGCCCAAAUUCGCGCUCGGUUUACCCCUCGUUGAUCAGCCCUACCGUUUCGUGGCCGAGCGCGGUUUCGUCGAUUUGCUUAAUUUCGCCAAGAACAGCCGACCGAUUAUCGCAAACUUGAUUCAAAUUGUUCGCGCUCUCCGCGCCGCUCUCUACUCGUUCGAUCACGCGAAAAAGAGGGAGACACUCAGGAUUUUAGUUAAAUUAUCCAGAAUCCAGGGCGUCGGCCCGGCACUGGUGCCCUUCUAUCGACAACUGUUGCCGCCACUGCGUGUGGUCAGCCAUGUCUCGUCGUUGGCCGGGAAAAUCGUCUCGAUUGAUCGAGAUUUGGAGAGGGAUAUUGGGACGGCUUUAAACGAACUGGAGCGAAAUGGUGGGCCGAAUGCGUAUACGAACAUCAAGUAUGUUCUUCCCACUUACGAAUCGUGUCUCGGUGUU